CUCUGCAGGCACGCAAGAGCAAGCGUGCACCAGCGUCAGCUCAUUAGGCAGAGGUGCGUGACAUCCAGAGUCGUUUGGAGCUAUAAAAACCCGGCUUUCAGUCUUUCCUGGAAGAAAUCCGUACCCAAGUCUUAAGUCUUCAGUAGAUCGCACUAGGAAACAGCUGUUGGGGAGAAGCCAAACCGCCGCUGCUGUAUUCAAGGGCCACAUUUCAACUGACCACCUGCUGGCCAGAUUUACAGGGAAGAUGAGAUUCCAGCUGUUGUUCUUCAUCGGUAUCAUGUUGCUCGUUUUCCUACCAUGUAAAGACUGCAAGGCCAUCAAGACUCCCAUAUCGGGUCAAACAAGCACUGAUAUGCAAUCAGAGCUGCAACAGCAGUUAUCUUUCUUAGUCCGAAUGGGGGAGGAAUAUUUCUUUGGACUUGGCAAUCUCAAUAAGAAUUCACCAUCCUUCGUUUCUGGGAAUUUUCCCCAAAGCCCUGCAGGCGCACUUUCCAGACUACAGGCAUUUCAAGCCUCACGACCACUUAUUCAAGAAAAAGUUGGCUCAUUGAACCAUGCCGAAAACAUCUAUGUAGACCAAGAAAAAGGAGUUAUGGAGCGCGGGAAACGUGCUGAAGAGCCACCAAUUUCUCUGGACUUGACUUUCCAUCUCCUUAGAGAAGUUUUAGAAAUGGCAAGGGCAGAACAGUUAGCACAACAAGCAAACAGCAACAGAAAGUUAAUGGAUAUUAUUGGAAAAUAGCCUACAGCCAAAGAUAUUUUCACCUAACUCACAUAGAAAACAUGAAGUAUAAUGUACCAUAGUGCUGCUCUUAUAUCACGUUUUUAUUUUUAUAUAGCUUAAUACAUAUAUAUAGAGGGAGAAAGACAGAGAGAGAGGUUUUACACAUAUUAGAGAGGCCAUCCCUCUGAAAAAUUUCAGUGCCACAGAUCAGUAACUUGUGCCUCUUUGUGUCCUUGAAAGUUAAACAGGGCACUCCUCACUACAACACUUUCCUGGAUUCAGUGGACAAGUACGUUGCUACACGAUUCGAAAUUGUAAAAUUAAAAAAAAAAUACAUUCAAGUUAAAGGACAUGUGACACACUGGUUUUACAAAUAUCAGUAUUUUAUUUUAUGACGUGCACUUGACAAAAAGAGGGAUGUGUUCUCUUGAAACAAAAUACUACUGUAUGCUACUUAGCAUUCACUUUACCUUACCAACAUUGGCAUAAUAAAUGUAUUUUCAGUGCUAGCCAAUUUUGUUGUUUAAAAGAACGUUUAUAUUUUUAAUAAAACCUCCAAAGUGA